AUGAAACUAUAUUUUCUUAUUGUAUUUAUGAAUAUAUUUUCAAUAAUUUUAGUUUCUGGUGAAAAAAUCGAAGAACUUUAUCAAUAUUUAAUGUCAAAUUAUAAUAAACAUGUUCGUCCUGUUGAAAAUAAUUCUGAUAUUCUUACAGUUAAAGUCGGUGUUAAACUUGUUCAAAUUGAUGAUGUUAAUGAAAUAAAUCAAAUCAUGCAAACUCAUGUCUAUGUACUACAUGAAUGGCGAGAUUAUAGUUUCGUAUGGUCACCGAACGAUUAUGAUGGAGUAGAAUAUAUACACAUGCCAAAUGAUUUAAUAUGGAAACCAGAUCUUGUUUUAUAUAAUAAUGCAGAUGGAGAUUAUCAAAUAACGUCAAAAGCAAAAGCAUAUAUUCGAUAUGAUGGAACAGUAAAAUGGAAUGCACCAAUGAUUUAUAAAUCAUAUUGUUCAAUCGAUAUUCAAUAUUAUCCAUAUGAUACACAAAAUUGUACACUUAAAUUUGGUACAUGGACAUAUUCAGGUUCUUUAGUUAAUUUACAAUUUAUAACUGAUGAUCAAUCACCAGUUAUUGAUCGUGGAUGGGAUCUUGAAGAUUAUACUCCAUCAGUUGAAUGGGAAAUUUUAAAUCUGACGGCAAUUCGUCAUGAAGAAGUCUAUGCAUGUUGUGAAGAAGUUUAUUUUGAUUUAACAUUUACAUGUACAAUACAACGAAAAUCAUUAUUCUAUACGAUUAAUUUAAUUGUUCCAUGUAUAAAUAUAUCUGUUCUUACUGUAUUAGUUUUUGUUUUACCAUCUGAUAGUCGAAAAAAAAUUACAUUAUCUGUAUCAAUUCUUGUCGCAUUACUUGUAUUUUAUUUAUUACUUAUUGAACUUAUUCCUCCAACAUCAUUAGUUAUAUCAUUACUUGGAAAAUAUCUUCUUUUUACACUUGUUCUUGUUAAUUUAUCUAUUGCUAUUACAAUCAUAACACUGAAUAUACAUUUUCGUCGUCAUCCAACAACACAUAUGCCAUAUUGGCUUAGAAAUACUCUUUUAAUUCAUUUACCAAAACUUCUUUUCAUGGAACGACCAUCUAUGCCAACAAAAUAUGUACAUAUAAGAGAACAAUUGCAUUCAAUUCAUCGACAUCAACGUCUAUUAUAUAAAUUUAAAGAUAAACAACGAAAACAACUUGUAAAAAUUACAUCGAAUCAUAUUGCUUAUAUUUUACAACAAAUCGAAAAUGAAAAAAAUGAAAAAGAAAUUAUUGAAGAAUGGCGUUUUAUUGCUUUAAUACUCGAUCGUUUGUUUUUAAUUAUAUUUGUCUCGGUUACUCUAAUUGGUACAAUUGAAUCAUUACUUAAUACUCCAUCUUUAUAUAUAUCUACACCACCAAUUAAUCCAAUGUGUUAUUUAUAUUAUCCACCUAUAAAUGACUCUCAAUGGAUAAAAACAUGUGCUACUGAUUCAUUAUCAAAUCAACAAUAUUCAAUUCGUACUUCUAUUUGA